AUUCCACUUUUGAUAAAGAUGGUAAUGAGUCACCCUUGGAAUCUGCUAUCGGAAUUCUUGAUGUAAUUCAAAAUGAGCUUCAACUUGAUGCAGAGCUAGUAAAAAGCAACAAACUGAUGUUGAAAGAAGCUGCGGUUGUGGUGUGUAUAAAGAAGAAGCAGUACGAAAGAGCUAGUAGAAUUCUGCAGAAGUUAUUUUCUAACCACACCAGCACAAGGAAACUUCAUGCUGACCUGAAGGAAAUUAUAAAGGAAAGGAACCUAAAACAUCCUAUCGUUCGGAGGUUCUCUUUUUCCACCAUAAAGCAGAAGAUCUACAAACUUUUUGAGAGCCUUAUUGAUGACGCUGCUCCCUUCUUGUUGACU